AUGGUCGCUCCGAGGAAUCAUGCGUAUGCAGAGGAGAGCGCCGAGGUUGAAGUGCUGUAUGCCAACCUCGAGAAGCUCAAACUUCUCACCAAGAAGAUACAAGGCUCGCUUGUUCGCCUUGAGACAGGUGGAAACGUUGUAAAGCAUGCCAUCGGACCCAUCUACAGUAACACGCAGUCUCUUCAGAUAACAAAUAGCAACAUCGAUAAGGUCAAUGAAGCCAUUGAGCGCCUUCGCCAGCCUCUCGAUGCGAAAAAUCGCGAGGAAGAUAUCCUUCGCGCUGGACCCCAGGGCUCUGAUUUGUCUCAGUACCUGGCGGCGAUGAAACGUGUGGAUAAAGCUUUGGCCGACUUGAAUUCAACAAAUUUGAAAUCAAAUCAGAAAGCAAUUUCCGAGUUCACAUCCCUUCUGGGUACGGGCAACAUCAAACUGCAGGACAUGCUCCGUGCAGUGUUGAAUCAGCAUGCCAACCCCAUCGAGCCAUUGCACUAUCUUACGAAAGAUCUCCCGUUCCCAUCGCUACCCGAAGAAACAAUUUCAGAAUUGACACCCAUAUGCGCUGCAAUCAGCUCCGCAGCAAGUCACGGACCUCAACGCGGCGACGAGGGCAACCCUGCGCUCAGAAUAUACUCCGAAGUACGCGGAACUUACAUCACAUCAAGCCUGCAAAAUUUUGCCAUAGCUUCGAUGAGUACUGUCAAGCGAAGAGCUACCGACGGUCCCUAUAAGCAAGGAACCAACGGCAUAGGAGUAUACUCUAACGCACUAGAGUCCUUUAUAUCUACCGAAUACGAGAUGAUCACACAGGUUUUCACUGGUGAUCAGCGAGGGUUGGCUUUGCAGGCGACAUUCCGCUCCGCGCUCGCAGAAUACUCGAAGACAUUGCGUGAACUUAACCAGUAUAUCAAGGCUAAUCUCAUGACGGACUGCUUUCUAGCAUUUGAGAUCAUCGAAAUAGUGACGGCCAUGUCAUAUCGCGUUGACUCAAAGACUGGCGAGCUAAAGAGUUUGUUCAUCGAGGCUCUUCGACCGGUUCGUGAGACAGCAAAAUCGUCCCUUUCGGAAUUACUAGAGGAAACAAAACGGAAAGCCGCGAACAUUCCUGUACUUCCUCCAGACGGUGGAUCAGUACCUCUUGUCGGCGAGGUCAUGAGCUCCCUUGCUACGCUGACCGGUUACUCUGGACCGUUAGCAUCCAUCUUAACAUCUCUCGGCGACGGCAAUUGGCGUUCGACCGCGAAUGCGUCAGGCACGGCUCCUUUGGACGUCAGCCCGGACAGCUCGACUCUUUUGUCACACUUUAUUCUCGACAUGAUUGAGGCCUUGAUGAGCGCCCUAGAAGCUCGGGGCCGAGCACUCCAUCGAUCGAAAGCCGUCCAGGGCGUUUUCUUAUCAAAUGUAUUUUGUAUCGUCGAUCGGUCCAUCCGGCAAAGCCCCGAAUUAGCACGGCAUCUGGGCUCACCGGACAGCAUUGCGCGGAUAGACACCUUCCGUAAGCGGGCCACUUCUACCUAUUUGGAUGCUUGGAAGGAGACCUCCCAAUAUCUUUUGGAUGUACAAUAUACCUCUCGUGCUGGAGCUCGACCAACGUCCGGUGGCCUUGUUGAUUCUAGCGCGAUAGUCAAGUCGCUCUCUUCGAAGGACAAGGAUGCCAUUAAGGAUAAGUUCAAGUCAUUCAACGCGAGCUUUGAUGAAUUGGUGAACCGCCACAAAGCUUUGUACAUGGAACGAGAAGUGCGUGGGGUAUUGGCUCGCGAAGUGCAGGCAGUCCUGGAGCCACUAUAUGCGCGCUUCUGGGACCGUUACCAUGAGAUCGAUAAAGGCAGAGGCAAGUAUGUCAAAUACGACAAGGGAAGCCUUUCUGCACAACUGGCUGCAUUGGCUUAG